UGAGCUUAAAGAUAGUCAUCCAAAGUUCUAGAGAGAGAGUAGGGUUUUCUCUCUCUUCUGAUUUUCAGGGCUUUCCGAUUUCUUCUAGGGUUUCUAAGAGUUCUCUUUCAAAGCUUUAAAACAAAAAUGGCUGAUGACGGUGCUAGGAAAUCGGGAACCGUGAAGUGGUUUAACGAUACCAAGGGUUUCGGCUUCAUUUCCCCCGAGGACGGCAGCGAAGAUCUGUUUGUUCAUCAAUCAUCGAUCAGGGCUGAAGGAUUCCGUAGCCUCGGAGAUGGCGAAACUGUUGAAUACGUUGUCGAGAACGGAUCCGACGGACGGACCAAGGCUGUGGACGUAACUGGUCCUGAUGAGGGACCUGUACAGGGAAGCACACGCGGUGGUGGUGGCGGAGGCGGCCGUGGAGGUGGUGGUGGUGGUGAUCGUUAUGGAGGAGGAGGUUAUAAUGGAGGUGGCCGUGGAGGAGGCCGCGGUGGUGGUGGAUAUGGAGGCGGUGGAGGUUACGGAGGAGGUGGAGGUAGUUAUGGUGGCGGAGGCGGUUAUGGAGGCGGAGGUGGAGGUGGGAACGCAUGUUUCAAGUGUGGCGAGUCUGGACACAUGGCUAGGGAUUGCUUUCAGAGCGGUGGAGGCGGUGGUGGAGGAUACGGUGGUGGUGGUCGUGGAGGUGGAGGAUACGGUGGCGGGGGUGGUCGCGGCGGAGGUGGAGGUGGAGGUGGCGGUUGCUACAACUGUGGUGAAGAUGGGCAUUUCGCUCGUGAAUGUCCCAACGCCAACAACCGUUGAUCUGCCAGAGGAUGAAUGGUAAAUGUGUAUUCCCACAUUUACUUUUUAUCUCCUCUGUAUCUUGUUUACUCUUUUGCUGUCUAUGUUGAAGAAGAAUCAAUGGGGUGAUCCAAAUGUUUUGAUGUCACUUUUUUAGUUGCUUCAUCUUGAUGAUGAUCAUCUUUAAAUCUAGGGUUUCGGAUAUGGUGUCUUACUAAAUAUAUAUAUUGAUAAAAAAGUUAGGUUUUUUAGUCUGUGUUAAUGGGAAUCCAAAGAUGGUUGAAUGGAAUGAUAUCUAUUUUCUCUUUAAA